AUGGCUCGACUGCCGUAUCCAGAUUACCACACGCCACAUGCCAAAUCACAUCCUACCAUCAACAUCAUGAAACUCCUGUCCUACAGCGAGGCUACUGUGGAUCACUGGGCGGGGUUAGGGAAUGCCCAGUUCAAGCACCUGUUACUCUCUACCAGAGACCGUGAACUUGUAAUUAUGUUGACAACAUCGAAGUUCAACUCAACCUAUGAAUGGACCCAUCACCUCCCCUUAUCGCUAAAGGCCGGUGUGACCGAAAAGCAGCAGGCAGCGCUCAGGGCAUCCGCUAAGGAAAAGUAUUACUUUAUCGACAGAAAAUGUGGCAGUGAGGCGGGAUUCAGCGAGAAGGACUUUAUCCUGCUUGCCUUUGUCGAAACAAUCAUCCAACAGCCCGAGGUCGGCGAACAGCUGUGGAAGAGGGUGAAGAGUGAAUUCUCGGACAGAGAAAUCGUGGAGAUCAUCUCGCUUCAGGGAUUUUACUACUCGUUUUCGCGCUUGACCACUGUUCUACGGUGCGAUUUUGAUGAAUGGGCCAAGCCUAAACUUUGA